AUGCGGAAUAGGGGAGAGCAGGAUGGGAACGGCCCCGAACAGAGUAGGCAUAGAGGCGAGGAGAACAAUCCAAAUGUGGCCCGCAGAAAUGGUGCUACUAGGUUGGACGGCGAAAACAGUGGAGCUAACUUUCGUCACCGCAACGAAGACUAUCGUAAUAUAUCAGAAGGACGGGGCCCAACGGUAGCCGACCGAGACCCUAAUAGACCCGAUCAGGCAGAAGGACUUCAUCCUUUCACAGUGCAAGUUAUGCGGACAAUUAUGCCAGAAAAUAAGGUGUUGCCCGCAAUGGAAAGAUAUGGAGGCUCGACGGAUCCCGUCAAACACCUUCGAUCCUUCAUUGACACUAUGGCGGUAUAUUCAUCCGAUGAAAUGGUGUGGUGUCGAGUCUUCUCACUAUCGCUAAAAGGAGAGGCUUUAGACUGGUUUCACUCGCUGUCACCUAAUACGAUUGAUAGUUUUGCCACCCUCCGAAGAUUAUUCAGUCAACAGUAUAUAUCAAACAAGACACCGGGGAUGACAUACACAACCCUGAUGAGGAUGAGACAAGGAAGAGAAGAGUCACUUAAAGGAUUCAUGGAAAGAUUCAACAAAACAGCUCGACAAGUACGUAAUAUUGACCAGAGGUUAAUAGUUAGUGCCUUAACUUCUGCCCUAAAACCUGGACCGUUCGUGGACUAUUUGUAUGCUGAGGAGCCCCAGAAUAUGGCCGAGCUACAAAAUAAAUUAACCAGUUUUAUUCGUAUCGAAGAGGGAAGAGCUUAUCACAAAGGGCAAGAAGUCGAACCAAGGGGACAAGUAAGAAAGGAGAACAAUAAUCGAAGGAUGCCCAGAGUAGAAGAAGGACCGAUCGGGCAACGCAGGGUAGAACAAUCGCGAAUCUUGCAACACGCUCAUCAUACACCCCUUAACGCUCCUCGAGUUCGGGUAAUGGAAGAAGCUUUAAGGGCUGACUUAUUGAAAGUUGUUCGAGCCCCCACACCGUUGGGAGCAGACGAAAAUAAGUAUUGUCGGUAUCAUCAGAAUAGAGGGCACACAACGGAAGAGUGCACAACCCUGAAAGACAAACUGGAAAAUCUUGUUCAAGCUGGGCACUUACAAAAGUUUGUACAACGUUAUAAAAGAGGAGCAUCGAACGUGAUAAGGCAUAAAGGAGAAAGAAGUCAUCAACCAGACCGAAGCAGAAGUAGAAGCCGAAGCAGAGAAAGAGUGACCAGAGGGGUUAUAAAUACUAUCUCUGGAGGGUUCGCAGGGGGAGGUUCGUCAGUGUCAGCGCGUAAAAGGCAUUUGAGAGGCUUACAUCAUGUGAAUCAAACAGGAAUAGAACGAAAAUCUAUGCCUAUGAUCUCAUUCUCAGAUGAAGAUUUUCACGCUCCAGAUCCCGAUCAGGACGACCCAAUGGUAAUAAUAGCCAUGAUCGCUCGAUAUCAGGUGGGAAAAGUCUUAAUCGAUCAAGGAAGUUCGGCUAACAUUUUAUACUGGAAAACCUUUCAACAGAUGGAUAUACCAGAAGGAGCGGUUCGACCUUUUCAUGAACAGAUAGUCGGAUUUGCAGGAGAACGGGUGGAUACUAGAGGGUACAUCGAGCUCAAAGUGAGCUUAGGAUUGGAAAAGGAUGCCAAGGAACUUCAGAUCCGUUUCCUGCUCGUGGAUGCAGACACUUCAUAUAACGCACUCUUCGGAUGA